UAUCUCCUCGUGCUCGCGCGGUCUCUACUUGUUGCACGCUCGAGUUCUAACCAAUCUUGUUCUUUUCCACUAAUUACGAAAUAAGUCAAAUUUCUUAUAUCGAAUAAUAAAAAGAUUUCUUGAAAAAAUGGCGAGCUAUCACAAACCAGAAUCAAAAACCAUUCAAGAACUAAAAGACAUUGCUAAUAAAUUGAGGAUUCAUUCGAUCGAGGCCACACAAGCCUGCAAGUCUGGACAUCCUACAUCAUGUUCUUCAAUGGCAGAAAUUAUGUCCGUUCUCUUCUUCCAUACAAUGCGUUACAAAGUAUCAGCACCACGUGAUCCAAGUAGUGAUAGAUUUAUACUUAGCAAAGGCCAUGCAGCGCCUAUUCUUUAUGCAGCUUGGGCAGAAGCUGGUCUUUUUCCAGUCAGCGAGUUAUUGAACUUAAGAAAGUUUGAUAGUGAUUUAGAAGGUCAUCCUACUCCAAGGCUUAAUUUCGUAGAUGUAGGAACAGGUUCAUUAGGUCAAGGUCUUUCAGUAGCAGCAGGCAUGGCCUAUGUGGGAAAGAAUUUUGAUAAGGCUAGUUACCGAGUAUACUGUCUAAUUGGAGAUGGAGAAGCAGCAGAAGGUUCUAUCUGGGAAGCAUUGCAUUUUUCAUCUUAUUAUAAACUAGAUAAUUUGUGUGCUAUAUUUGACAUUAAUCGUUUGGGACAAAGUGAACCUACUUCUCUUCAACAUAAUAUGGAAGUUUAUCGUAAAAGGCUUGAGGCUUUUGGUUUUAAUGCAUUAGUUGUUGAUGGUCAUGAUGUUGAAGAACUUGCUAAGGCAUUCCAUGAAGCACAAAACACGAAGGGGCGUCCGACUGCUAUUUUGGCAAAAACAUUUAAGGGUAAAAAUUUUCCCACUAUAGAAGAUUUAGAGAAUUGGCAUGGAAAGCCUCUUGGAAAUAAAGCAAAUGAAGUAAUUCAGCAUUUGACCGGACUUUUAAAAAAUUCUGGUCCUUUAGGAUUGCAUCCUCAAAAACCAUUAGUUGAUGAUGCUCCUGUAAUAGACAUUAAUAACAUUAAAUUGGCCUCGCCUCCAAGUUAUAAACUCGGAGAACAAGUAGCUACUAGAUUAGCUUAUGGCACUGCUCUUGCUAAGUUAGCGAAGAAUAAUUCACGCGUGAUAGCUUUGGAUGGCGACACUAAGAAUUCUACUUUUGCUGAGAAAAUAAAGACUGUCGAUCCAACUAGGUUUAUCGAAGGUUUCAUAGCUGAACAGAAUAUUGUCGGUGUUGCCAUCGGUACUGCUUGCAGGGAUCGAGCUGUUGCUUUUGUCUCUGCAUUUGCUACAUUCUUUACACGUGCCUUUGAUCAGAUUCGUAUGGGUGCAAUUUCUCAAACGAACGUAAAUUUUGUUGGCUCACAUUGUGGUGUGUCCAUCGGUGAAGAUGGACCAUCACAAAUGGGUUUGGAGGAUAUCGCUAUGUUCCGCACGAUACCUGGAUCAACGGUAUUUUAUCCGUGCGAUGCAGUUUCUACCGAACGUGCCAUAGAAUUGGCUGCUAAUACGAAAGGCAUUUGUUUUAUUCGUACCUCGCGUCCAGCUACACCGGUUUUAUAUAAAAACGAUGAAACAUUUGCUCCCGGGAAAGCUAAAGUAUUGAGAUCUACUGCAAAAGAUCAAGUUCUUGUUGUAGGUGCUGGAAUAACUCUGCACGAAGCACUUAAAGCAGCUGACGAGUUAGCAAAGGCAGGCAUAAAUAUUCGUGUAAUCGAUCCGUUUACUAUUAAACCUAUUGAUGCGCAAACAAUUCUAAAGAAUGCUAAAGAGAUUGGCGGUAAAAUCGUAACUGUCGAAGAUCAUUAUGUCGAAGGUGGUCUAGGAGAAGCGGUAGCUUCUGCCGUUUCUUUGGAACGAAAUAUUAUCGUUAAAAAACUUGCUGUACCUGAAGUACCAAGAUCUGGUCCUCCUAAUGUCUUAGUGGAUAACUAUGGCAUUAGCGCGCAUAAGAUCACUUUAGCGGUACAAGAUAUUUUGAAGUUAUAAUUUUUUAUUUGAUUUACGAUGAAUGGUCAUAAUAUGAAUUGGCAGUGAUCACACGAGAUGUGUUCAUAUAUUACAUUUAUACAUUUAUAAAUUUCUAUACAAGCAGAUUUCAGCAGAAUCCAUAAGAUUGAAGUAAAACGUUUCGUCCAUUAACGUUGAAAAAUAUAAAUUACUUUAUCAGUGCAUAAUAUUAAAUAGUAAAAUUUAAAGAAAAAUUUACAUUGCUAUUAAGAAUCAAUUAAUAAACGAGAAAUCACGUUUUA